AUGGUGGCCGGGGGCGUGCAGAGUGUGGAGGAGGGCGCCCUCUACGCCACCCACACCUCAUAUUACCCUCAGUUUUACUCCACUCUCCUCCCUCCCGCGCCCCCUGGCUCAUACUCCUCCUCCAACUACUCCUCUUCCACCUACUCCUCCUCGGGACAGUCGUCUGACUACUCGUGGCUGAAGCUUGAGGGGGCCCCGGGAGGAUGCCACCCCUCGACGCCUGGCCGCACGCGUCAUCCAAAGUGCACCUGCCCAUCUCCAGAGGCCUUGCGGCAGGCGCGGCGGGCCCUCGCGGCGCGGAGGGUGCGGACAGCCCGGGACCCUCGCUGCACCUGUCCGAGCCCCACCCUCAGCCGCGAUCCCAGCCCAUGGGGGGGAGCCUCCCCUUCUCCCCCUUCCACUCCUGCAACUGCUUCUCCGCCCCCCAGACACCCCCGCUGCACCUGCCCAGAGCCAGAUCUCACACUCAGGCUCUCUGCUGCUCGUAGGGCGCGUUCUGCUAGAGAUCUGCGUUGCACCUGUCCCCCCACUGCAACGCCCACACCAACCCCAACUCCACCACCCCCUACCCAGGAGCCGACGUGCACAUGUCAGCCACCGCUCAGCACACAGCCUCAGCAACCACUGACACGUCGCGCCUCCAAGAACAGACUGGUGCAUGCCGUGCUUCUCAACAGCCCCGGCAACACCGCCAUCAGCACUGAGCAUGGCGACUUUGUACCGCUGUCUGAUGCCCCUACCAAAAUCUCCGAAUCUCCAAAUCCCAGCAAGGCGCGGGCCAAGGCCAGGAAGCCUAAAGAGAAGAAUAAGAUUAAAGGUUCUAAAAGCGAGGAAGAAGUCAAAAGUGGUGGAGAGGACUCUUCCCAGCCGGCGUCUCCUGCCCGCCGCGUAAAGGACAAACUCUGCCACCUGCGGCACAAGGUAGUGAGCGGCGUGGUGGCCCUCACCGCGCCUCGCCCACCGAGUAGGGAAGGUGAAGCACAUGGCUGCCGUUGUGACAUCAGCAAUGAAGGCGUCCUGCGUGUCCGGGCACCUGGGUCUGUCACCAGAGUGCUGCCACCACCCAACCCCACACCCACGGAAGCCACGCCUCAGGAGGAAGAAAGGUGCCUCAAGGCGGAAUAUGAAGGGCCAUGUGAAGGAGACCAGUCUUUUCCUGUAGAGGACCUUCCCCAACCAAUUUUAGAAGGAGUGUGUUCUCCCCUCGGGGAGGUACCGCCUCUCAGCCCACCUGAGCAGAUGGUUACGCCCUUCCUCCAACAUUCCUCUUCCUCCUUGUCCUGUAGUGUGUACAAGACCCUGCCAAACUCCUACCUCACGAUGGAAGGCCACAGAAAUGCUGGUUUUCCAGUCAGAGGCCUGAGGGACCUUCAAAGGCUAAGUGCCUCCCAUGGGCAUCUUUAUUCCCCUGAGUCCACAGCCUUAAGUAGGACCAAGUCACUGGAGCUUUACGAAAAGGAUUCACAGGAAGGAGAAACAGAGAGUUCUGCACCAUCUUCCAGGGGUUCCGUGAUUCACUUGCCGCCAGCGUCGUCUGCUCAGUGCUGGACGAAAAAAGUUUUGCCCCAGUCUUCGGAAUGCAACCCACAGGGUGCCGACGACACUUUGUACAUAUCAUCCCCAUGCAUCAGCUCCAGCACCAAUGUGUCCCCGGCUCUUGGCAGCAGAAUAUGUGCGGUGAAAUCCGUGGGAGAUGUGCAGGAUGGCGGUGCAGGACCCGACUAUGAGAAUGUGGUGUUUCAUGAUUCAGGUCGGUACGUAAUGCUGAGCAAGAGAUUGCUGGACAAGUGGCAGCUCUCGUAUGAGGCAUGCCUACCCCCCGAUCACGCCCUCAUGCAGCACCAGGAGGCGCUGCACGGCGAGGGCGGGAUCCCAACCGUGAAGGUGACUGAGAACAUUCAAGUGUCUACCGCGUUGCCUUGUGAUGAACGAGAAUCAGACAAUGUUGCCUUAACUCAAACGCCUCCCUCGGCCACCUCCGUCUCCACUGUCUCCACUACCUCCACCACUGCCAAACACCGCACCUCCCAACCUACAUUGCUCUCUACAUCCACACACACCAGCUACAUCCUUACAUCACCGUCGCCGGCUUCUUCUUACUCGUCUCCCAACCAAAGCCUUCUGGACAUGACUCUCAAGUUCCCUGAUGUGCCGCCGCGCCUCUCCAUACAUCCUCCAGCUCCGCCUUCUUCCGCAGUUACUUCCCUCUCCAGUUUCUUCUCCUCUGCCACCACCCUCGCCACCACCGCACCACUACAAGCGGACCCCGGGCCUUCCUCGCCGCUGCUCUCCCCCGCCUCCACACUUCACCACUUAGCCACUCAGCACGUCGGUGGCUUGGUGGACAAGACACAUUACUCCUUGCCUCGGGAUACCAAACUAUCGGUUCCCAAGAGAGACACGCCGAGGAGGAAGAGCAAGGAGGAAUAUAGUUCAGCCACCAAUUUACUUCCUGUUGCCCCGGCCCACGUACGGCGUCACAGCGACGUUGCAUCUACUUACUUCAGUAGGACAGGUAAGCUUGCACUGCCGCUCCGCAACCGUAGUACUCCUGCUGCUGGAGAAAUCUUCAGACGAGCCGCCAGCACCUGCACCGCACCGCCUGCCACACCUGCUUGCCACUCGCCUCCACCACGCCACACCACACCACACCACACCACACCACACCACACCACACCAUACCAUAUCACACCACACCACACCACACCUAGACCACUCGCCUCCACCACACAAUUCUACUUCUCGCCUCCACCACACCACGCCACACCACACCCCACCACACCCUACCCUACCACAUCACACCUCACCAUAUCCCACCCCAUCACACCACACCACACCACACCACACCACACCACACCACACAACUCUGCUACUCGCCUUCACCUCACCACACCACACCACACCACUCGCCUCCACUAUACUACACCACCACACUACACCACACAACUCUGUUUCUCGCCUUCACCACACCACACCACACCAUACCACACCACACCACACCACACCACACCACACCUAGACCACUCGCCUCCACCACACAAUUCUACUAAUCGCCUCCACCACACCACACCUAGACCAGCAGCCUCCACUACACCACACCACCUCACCACACCACACCACACCACACAAUUCUAUUUUUCGCCUCCACCACACCACGCCACAUCACACCACACUACACAACCCUUAUACUCGUCUCCACCACACCCUAUCAUCCCGUCCCCACCACAUCACAUCCCACCACACCAUACCACACCAUACCACACCACACCAUACCACACCACACCACACUGCACUACACAACACCCUACCCCCACCACCACCACAUCUAGAUCACUCGUCUGCACCACACCACAGUGCGCCACACCACACCUCGACUACUCGCAUCCAUCACACCAUCCCACACCACACCACACAACACCACAUACAAACACACAUGCCAGCCACAGAGAAGUAGACACAGUUGAGGACCAGCAGCAACUCAGAAUUCCCUCAUCUUGUUCUCUAUCCUUCCUUCCUCCACCACUCAUCCUCUCAUCCUAUUCAUCCAGACAGGCGAGUGUGCGAGUGUCGACCUUAGAUACUAUUGUUGCCAGCGACCCAUUAACAUUCUCAACACACCUGCACCGCGCCUGUGGUGUUGAGGUGAUAUCGCCGCGUGCUGCUCUGACGGGCUAG